UGGACAUUUUUGAAUUGUUCCUUCCUUUCAAACUCAUGGUGUGUAAGGUGGACAACAUUAAUAGUUAACAUUUCUGCUGUCUGGAUUCUUAUAAGCCCGAAAACAACUAUGAACGUUCAGCCUUCAAACCCCAAUAACCCGAUCGUGUUUUUCGACGUCACCAUCGGAGGGCAAGAUGUGGGCCGAAUGAAGAUUGAGCUUUUUGCUGACAUUGUUCCGAAGACUGCGGAAAACUUUCGGCAGUUUUGUACGGGAGAAUUCAAGAAGGACGGUGUUCCUGUCGGCUAUAAAGGCAGCACAUUUCAUCGAGUGAUAAAGGACUUCAUGAUCCAGGGUGGUGAUUUUGUCAAUGGUGAUGGCACUGGCAUCUGCAGCAUCUACAGAGGACCAUUUGCAGAUGAGAACUUCAGAAUGAAACACUCCGGCCCAGGACUCUUGUCAAUGGCCAACAGUGGGCCAGGAACUAAUGGCUGUCAGUUUUUCAUUACCUGUACAAAGUGUGACUGGUUGGAUGGGAAGCAUGUGGUAUUUGGAAAAGUGGUGGAUGGUUUGCUUGCCAUGAGAAAAGUUGAGAACGUACCAACAGGACCCAACAACAAGCCCAAGCUGCCCAUCGUUGUCGCCCAAUGUGGAGAAAUGUGAUUUACUCCUUGAAUUUUACACAACAGAAAAGGCAUCUGACCAACAUCAUGAAUUAGUUUUACAUUGCAUAUUGUAAAUGGCAACAUGAUCACAGUUUGUUUCGAAGCUGAUUUCAUCAAUGACUCCACUUUCCUCUGGUGAUUUUUGCAAAUGUCUCUCAACAACAAAAGACAAACUUAAAAACCUCAUCUUGAAUUCAAGACAGAAUUCUUUUUUGACAUUUCAAAGGACAUGGCUUUUGUUUUUGAUCUCCCUUUUGAAAUGGCUUUACUAAGACUGUUGACUCUGUUUUCUUAAAUAAAUUCUGACCCAUGUUUUUUAAA